AUGGGAACCCGGGCAUUUUCCCAUGACAGUAUUUUUAUCCCUGAUGGGGGAGCAGAAAGUGAGCAGACAGUUCAAGCAAUGUCACAGGACAACAUCCUGGGCAAAGUCAAAACUCUUCAGCGACAGUUGGGCAAGAACAUCAAGUUUGGGCAGCCACCACCCAACGCCAUUCCCAUGAAGAAGGCAGACAGUGGCGAGGCUCGCUUCGAAGAGGACCCAUUCCUCACCAGUCCUGUGGAAGUUGUGACUCACCAAGACCUCAUCCUUUCAGACACCGAGAACAAAUCCAGUGAGACGCCCAGUUCUCCAAGUCCUCUGAAUCUGCCUGGAGCCAGAAGUGAGAUGGAAGAGAAGGUUGCUCCAGUUAAACCGUCCCGGCCCAAGAGGCACCUUUCUUCUGCUGGCACCAUCGAAAGUGUCAACCUGGAUGCCAUCCCCCUGGCCAUCGCUCGACUGGAUAACAGUGCUGCCAAGCACAAACUGUCCAUUAAGCCCAAAAACCAGAGGGUGUCAAGGAAGCACAGGCGACUUGUCGGGGAUCGACAGAACGAGCGCGGUGGCCUUCUGCAUCAGCUGUCCCUGGACCAGAACGGACACCCUGGAGAAGACAAGCCAAUCUGGCAUGAAAGAGAGCCGGAGCCGCUGGACUCGGAGGAAGAGAAGCGACGCCAGGAAGAAUACUGGCGGGAACUCGAGGCCAAGUGCAAACGGCAGAAGGCCGAAGCUGCGGAGAGGCGACGCCUGGAAGAGCAGAGGCUCCAGGCUCUGGAGCGGAGGCUUUGGGAGGAGAAUAGAAGGCAGGAACUCUUGGAGGAAGAGGAGGAGGAGGAGGAGGGAGAGGAAAGAGAAAUACAGCUAGAGGCAAAGAAGAGGCAGCGCGAAGAAGAGACGCGGAGCCUGGAAGAGCCGGGUUCCCAGGGCCCAGAGCAGAGGGAGGAAGAGGAAGGAGGACUCCCAGAGGCCGAGGAGCCCGUGUGCCCGGAGGAAGAGGCGCGGCACCUGGGGAGAUGCUUGGUGCAGGAGGAGAUGGAGGCUCAGAGCUGGCAGGAGGCCGAGAACCUGCGACGGGAGGAGGAGGAAAGAGAGUUGGAGGAACUCCGAAGACUGGAGGAGCUGGAGGAGCAGGGGCGGAGGGCAGCCGAGAGGCAGCGGCUGGAAGAGGAGGAGAGGCAGCGGGAGCUGGAGGAGGAAAAACGGAUGGAGGAGCUCAGGAGGCAGGAGGAGCUCAGGAGGCAGGAGGAGCUCAGGAGGCAGGAGGAGCUCAGGAGGCAGGAGGAGCUCAGGAGGCAGGAGGAGCUCAGGAGGCAGGAGGAGCUCAGGAGGCAGGAGGAGCUGGAGGCCCAGAGAUGGCGGGAGGAGGAGGAGGUGAGGAAGAGGGAAGAACUGAAGAAGAGAGAAGACUUAGAGGCCAAGAGGAGGCAGGAAGUGGAGAAGAAGCUUCAGGAAGCACCGAGAGUGGAAGAGGAGAAUCAGCCGCAGCUGGACCACAAAAGCGGCUUGAGGAGCCCAUUUCAGAGCGACUUAGCAGAGAAAGCAGAAGACCAAGAUCACCCGAAACUUGAAAAGCUGAGAGAAAACUCCGAGAAACCGAGUAUUUGGGUGAAGCAGAGCCAAGAGGCCACUGGGACAUCGGGGGAGCAGCCCCGAAGGCAGGAGGAAGUUCCUGGGGAUCGUGGUUGUGGACGGCAGGAAAUGAGGGAAGAAACCAACAUGCAGCCUCCCCAGAAGCAAGAGGCCCAGGUGGAAGAGAUGCUGGCGCCAGGAGAGAAGAAGGAAGCUGCCACUCCAGAAACAGACAGAAAGGUGGAGGAACUCAGAUGGCAGGAGGUGGAGGAGAGGCAGACCAUGCCCAGACCGUACACUUUCCAGGUGUCAUCAGGAGGGAAACAAAUUCUUUUCCCCAAAGUCAAUCUGAGCCCGGUGAAGCCCAUGAAAGAUGAGGGGCUCACCUCAGCUCCGCAAGAGCCCAAGGCCCCCAAAGCUAGCCCAGCCUCCCACACCCUGCCCUCGACCCUGAGCAUCCCCCACACGGCCAUCCUGGUCACCGGAGCCCAGCUCUGCGGCCCAGCCGUCAACCUGAGCCAGAUCAAGGACACUGCGUGCAAGUCUCUCCUGGGCUUGUCGGAAGAAAAGAAGCUGGUGGAUGUCCCAGCCCUGGAAAACCCACCCCGAGCCCUGGGGGAACCCCGGGCAGGCAGUGCAAAGACCAGGCCCCCACCAGAGUCUCCAAGCAGCACAGCUGCGCUCGCUGAAUGGGCUUCUAUUCGAUCCCGAAUCCUGAAGAGCUCGGAGAGUGACCAGCGUGGUGAGAGAGAGCAGUCUCGGGCUGGGGAUGAGUACACGCCCAGGGGCCGGUGUGAUUCCCGUGGAAACCUCCGGAGGACCCCGCCCGUAAAUGCCAAAUUCUCCAUUAAACCUGCCUGGCAAAAGUUCUCUGAUGGCGGCGGUGAGGGCUCCAGACCCAGCACGGAAGGGGAGAGCAUCAGGAAAAGAUCUGGGCCGGGACCCAGCGAAGAGGCCGUGCCCCAGCCCCCUGCUGCUGAUACUAAAGAGGCCCUGAAAGAUGCAGAGAAACCCAGGGCGCACCAGGAGCCAACGGACACCACAGAGGGGUGCAAAUUUGCCAAAGACCUUCCAUCUUUCCUCGUUCCAGGCCUCCCUUACCCUCCACAGAAAGCAGUGGCCCCGGUGGAGCCCGUGACCACUUCAGAUGGCCAGACCACAGAUGGAGCAGGAAAGUCAGAGUCCACGAUGCCAGGUGGGGAGGAUAAAGCUUCCCUUUUCGGAAUAAAAUUGAGAAGGACCAACUACUCCCUGCGCUUCCACUGCGACCAACAAACAGAACAGAAGAAGAAGAAAAGGCACAGCAGCACAGGGGACAGUAUCGAUGGGGCGCCGUCGGCCCCAGGGAGCACACAUGGAGAGCCAGAGAUGGAGGCUGCAGCCCUCAAGCCUGGCCCCUUGCUCCCUGCAGAGAGGAAGCCAGCCCCAGCCCCCUGGAAGGACUCCUCUGAAAGCCCUCCCAGCCUCUCUCCUCCUGCGGCCCAGCCCGGGCCCCCACUGGCCGGCAGCCAGCCCCCGGCUCUGGAGCAGGACAAGGUGGCCAACAGGUUGCCCCUGGCCCAGAAGCCAGCCCUGGCUCCCAAGCCCUCAGGCCAGACCCCACCACCCUCCCCGCUCUCCAAGGUGAGCAGGCCCUACUUGGUGGAGUUGCUGACUCGCCGGGUGGGGAAGCCCGAGCCGGAGCCCAGUGAGCCGUGCAAGGAGGGCCGGGACAGCGGCUGGCCGCCCUCGCCCCCACCGCCUGAAGAGAGAAAGGAGCAGAAGCGGGAUAAGGAGGAAGAGGUGGAAACUGAGAGGAAACCCGCUUCCCCGGUGCCAUCCUCUGGGCAAGAGAAGCCUGCCCCAACGCCCGAGGCAGGGAGGAAAGAAAAGCCGAUGCUUCAGAGCAGACACUCCUUAGAUGGCUCCAAACUUGUGGAGAAGGUUGAGACUGCGCAGCCACUGUGGAUAACGCUGGCGCUGCAGAAACAGAAGGGGUUUCGGGAGCAGCAGGCAACUCGGGAAGAGAGGAAGCAGGCCAGGGAGGCCAAACAGGCAGAGAAGCUCUCCAGAGAACAUGUCAGUGUCACCCCACAGCCUGGAAGCAGCAGCGUCAGCAGAGCUGGUUCCCUGCACAAGCCCACCACUCAGCCAGAAGAGAAGAAGCCAGAGACACCAGUGUCCAGGCUUGAGCGCAGAGAACAACUCAAAAAGGCCAACACUCUUCCUACAUCAGUGACAGUGGAGAUCUCGGAUUCAGCUCCCCCAGCACCACUGGUGAAAGAAGUCACAAAGAGGUUCUCCAACCCAGAUGCUGCCCCCGUGUCAACAGAGCCAGCCUGGCUGGCUUUGGCCAAAAGGAAAGCCAAGGCCUGGAGCGACUGUCCGCAGAUUAUUAAGUAA